AUGAAGUCCUUCAUCACCGCUGCGACCAUCACUGGCUUCGCCGCCGUCGUGCAUGCCGCCGUUCCUGGCUUUGAUAUCUCCGGCUAUCAAGAAAACAUUGACUUCGACAAGGCAUACUCAGAUGGUGACCGCUUCGUGAUCAUCAAGGCCACUGAAGGCACAACGUUCAAGAGCGACCAGUUUAACUCUCAAUACACUGGUGCCACCGGCGCCGGCCUGAUUCGUGGUGCAUAUCACUUUGCUCAGCCUGCCUCCUCCUCGGGAGCUGCACAGGCCGAGUACUUUGCCGCCAACGGCGGCGGAUGGUCAGGCGACGGCAUCACGCUGCCCGGUGCUCUGGACAUUGAGUACAACCCCAGCGGUGCCACGUGCUACGGACUCUCGGCCGCUGCCAUGGUGGACUGGAUCGAGGAUUUUGUGACCACCUACGAAUCGCAGACGGGACGGUGGCCGCUCAUCUACACGACCCUCGAUUGGUGGACCACGUGCACGGGCACCUCGCCCAACUUUGCGGACCGUUGCCCGCUCUGGAUCGCUCGCUAUGCUAGUUCGGUGGGCGAGACGCCCGCCGGCUGGGACUACGAGACCAUCUGGCAGUACAAUGAUAAAUAUCCCCAGGGAGGUGACUCGAACACGUUCAAUGGCGAUGAGUCGCGUCUUGUUGCGUUGGCCACGGGUGAAGCGACUCUGGGCAAUACCCCUGGGCGUUUGGCGGAUGCCAUACGUCUGCUGGCCAGGAGGCUGAUGAUGGGCCUCAACCCUCUCAUAUGCGCUCCCAGACCUGUCAUAUUUGGUGCCGGGACCGCCUGGUACAAAAGCCCCGACGAUGACGGCACCACAAUCCACCAGCCGACAGUUGACGCCAUCAAAGCCGCAAUCGAUGUCGGGUAUCGUACAUUGGAUGGAGCCCAAGUUUACGGUACAGAGAGGGAACUCGGCAUUGCGAUGGCUGAGUCCGGGAUCCCGCGAGGCUCGUUUCGAUUGAGUACCAAGGCAAAAGAUACGUCAAACGUUGAGAAAGCCCUGGAAGAGAGUCUUGUGAACCUCCAGACGGACUUUGUUGACCUAUAUCUCAUCCAUUCUCCGUUCCCGGCCUCAUCAGACCUCGAGCUCCAGGAAGCCUGGCGUGAAAUGGAACACUGCAAGCAGCGAGGUCUGGCCAGGGACAUUGGUGUCUCCAACUUUUCCAUCAAGGAUAUUUCGACAAUCUUGGAGGUCGCCACGAUCAAGCCGGCUGUCAAUCAGAUCGAGAUGCAUCCGCACUUGUAUCAACGCGAGCUUUAUGGUUUCCUGAGACGGGAGGACAUUGCCUUGCAGGGCUACUCCUCGCUGGCACCACUGAGGGCAGAGUCGGGCAAUGAGACUCGUGUGCUCGCCACCCAAUUGGCAACCAAGUACCAAGUCGACGAGUCGGCAAUCUUGAUGCGCUGGGUGGUUGAUCAAGGGGCGGCGGUGGUGACGACAAGCUCGAAAAGGGAGCGGAUGGCGACCACUUUUUCGCAAGUUCCGUCAUUCAAAUUGACGGAGGAGGAGGUGGCACAGCUGACGGCCACAGGGAAGGGCAGAUGGUUCCGUGGUUUCUUUGCCGAUGAGUUCAAGGUGGCGGAGGCCAGCUCUUGA